AUGGUUGUGACCGAUGGGGAAAAUGCAAACAGAGCAGCAGCAGCACUUUUGCAACAGAGGUACCCGAAAAUUCAAUGGGCAGCAUGUUUUGCCCAUUGCUUGAACAAUGCCUUGAAAGACUUCGGUGUACUUCCAUGGAUGGCAACACUUCUGGAGCGUGGAAAGUCUUUGGUGAUCUUCGUUAGAAACCACUCUCAUAUAGUGGCACUACUGGCGGAGUUUACUCACAAGCGAUUGCUGCGUUAUUGUGAUACCAGGUUCGGCUACAACUUCAUUAUGAUGGAGAGGCUGGUGGAGCUCCGAGAAGCUUUACAACAGAUGUUCGUAUGCCCUGCAUACAGAGCAAGGCCUGAGUCGAAGUCGAGAGCAGGAAGGGACAGUUAUGCAACGGUUUUUGAUGGCAGUUUCUGGCAACAGGUUAAGGACAUGCUAGAGGUGUCCAAGGAUGUUAUGCUGCUUCUUCGUGUUGUGGACGGUGAUAUACCUGCGAUUGGAAAGAUAUAUGAGUGCAUGAAUAGGUUGGAUGCAAGUUUAGAGGAAGGACAGUCGGAUUAUGGCAGGUAUAGGGAACUUCAUCAGAUCAUGUCUAAUAGGUGGCAUGAGUAUCACUCGCUCAUGCACUCGGUGGCGUACAUGUUGGACCCCGAGUUUCAGGAGUAUGAAAAGCAUGCUAACAGAGAGGUCAUGAAGGAUUGGAAUGCUUAUCUGCUGGCCAUGUUUACAUCCAGUGAGAGGGAUGUGAUACGUGAUGAGCUUUUAACUUACCGGAGGAUAGGAGGCAUUUUCAACUCAUAUGAUGCUAAGGUUGAUCGCACUAAGAGGGGAGCUGUACGUUGGUGGGAGGACUAUGGUUAUGAAACUCCAGCUCUUCAGAAGUUGGCCAUUCGAGUUCUAAGUCAGGCAUGCUCAUCGUCCUCGGUGGAGAGAUUGUUCAGUACUUUAGAGCAUGUUUCUUCAAAAAAAAGGAACAGACUUACCAUGGACAGGACAGCGGAUCUGGUUUUUGUGGCUUGCAACACCAGGUUGUUAACCUGCAAAAAUGAUCGUGAUUACGACAAGUUUGUAAGCUACAAAGUCCUGGAGACAGUUCCUCAUCCUGAAGACGAGCUUGAGUCAGGACAGGAAGAGGAAGAUGGAAAUGAUGUCGAAGAUCAUGAGGUUGAAGAUGACGAUGAGAUGCAGGAUAUUUGA